AUGGAGCAGCUCAUCAAUGGUGGUUCUGCCCCUGUUGUAGCUGGUGCUGGUGCUAGUGCUGCUGCCCCUGUUGCAGCUGGUGCUGGUGCUGGUGCUAGGAAUGGGGCUGUGAGGGUAAUGAGGUGGACCAACACCACCUCUGGCUUUAUGCUUAGGAGGAUGGCUGCCCUUGUUAGUGAUGGUAGCAGGCCUGACAAGGUUUUCAAGGACAAAGAUGUGAAUUUUGUGGCCAAAGCCCUCAAGCUGUUCUGUGGGGAGGUUGUUAGCCCAACUCAAGUGUACAACCACUUGAGGAAGUGGAGGCAGAAAUGGGCUAGGGUGAGCAAGUUGAAGGACCUUAGUGGUGCUGUUUGGGAUGACCAGGCUCAUGCUAUCAUGCUUGAGCAAGAGCACUACCUUGGCCACUGCAAGGACCAUCCUAAAGAUGCAGAGUUUCUUAACUACCCUAUUAGGUUCUACACUGAGAUGGAGGCUAUCUUUGCUAAUGCCAUGGCCACAGGCAAGUUUGCACUUGGGUCUGGUGAAGCCUUAGGGCAGAACCAGGCUGACAGUGUUGGUGCCAAGGCUGAUGCUGCUAGCCCAAAGAGGAAGAAAGGGAACUUCUCUGAGGAGGAGAUGCUCAUGUUGACUAACUUGUUAGAUGCUAUGAACAAUGUGGCAAAUGCUCUUAUGGAGACUAGACCUGCCCAUGUUGAUGCCAAUCUGUAUCUUGCUGUGAUGGAGAUGUCUGGCUUCAGUGAGGAGGCACUUAUUGUUGCCUCCACCUUCCUUCUAGACAACAAGGCCCAAGGCAGGGGCUUUGUGAACAUGAGUGAUGCCCACAGGGCCCUUUGGCUUAGGACCUUCCUGACCAAAAACUACUAUGUGUAG